AUGACUUCUAUGGCAUCGGGCCUUUUCAAGUCCCUCCCCAAACCCAAAUAUACCGGCGAAGAAGAGGAGUUGCCACAACAUGCGCAACCGCGUGGUCCGCGUGUGGUGGGCGCCGACCAGAUUGAUGAAACACAGGUCGUCUUACGGCGAGUUGGACCUCCGCCCUACGGUAACCGCACAGGAUGGCGACCGCGAGCCCCCGAAGAUUUUGGCGACGGCGGCGCGUUCCCUGAGAUUCUAGUCGCACAGUAUCCCCUCGACAUGGGUCGGAAGGGAAAAUCUUCGACCUCGAAUGCGCUUGCGGUACAGGUCGAUGCUGAGGGCAAAGUCAAGUAUGACGCGAUCGCACGCCGCGGACACGCCGAUAACCGUACCGUUCAUGCUUCGUUCAAAGAUUUGAUUCCGCUCCGCCAGCGGGUGGAUAUGGGAGAGAUUUCCCUAGAUCGCCCUUCUCAGGAGGAAGUUGCCGCGCAGAUGGAGAAAACGAAGAAUGCUUUGGCCAGUCUGGUGGACGGAGCUGUGCAGGCACAGAAACCGAAGAACGUCAAAGGUGGAAGUAGAGCUGAGCCGACUUUUGUCCGAUACACGCCAGCGAACCAGAUGGGAGAUAAUGAGCGCAAGAAUGAUCGCAUUAUGAAGAUUGUCGAGCGCCAGCAGGAUCCCAUGGAGCCGCCGAAGUUCAAGCAUAAGAAGAUUCCCCAUCAGGAAGCUUGGAAGAUCCCUCCGCCCGUGUCGAAUUGGAAGAACCCCAAAGGUUAUACUGUUCCCCUGGACAAGCGUCUGGCUGCGGAUGGUCGUGGAUUGCAGGAUGUUUCGAUCAAUGACAAAUUUGCCCAGUUUGCCGAGGCAUUGUUCACGGCUGAUCGCCACGCCCGUGAGGAGGUGCAGCUCCGUGCUCAGAUGCAGCAAAAGCUGGCUGAGAAGGAGAAAGCCCAGAAAGAGGAUCAUCUCCGGCAGCUGGCACAAAAAGCCCGCGAAGGCCGCGCUGGUCUCAGCCGCGGCGAAUCUCGGGCGCGCUCGCAUUCUCGGAGCGCAAGCCGUAGCGUGUCACCAUACUCGUCAAGGUCCGGGAGCCCGAGCGAGGAUGAGGCUGCUCGUGAACGCGCGGAGCAGCGUCGGGAGCGACGACAAGAACAUGAACGCCAGCUGCGCCAGUCCCGCAUGGGUACAGAACGUAAAAUUCAGGCCUUGGCCCGCGAGCAGAACCGUGAUAUUUCUGAAAAGGUGGCUCUGGGCUUGGCUAAGCCCACUCAGAGCUCCGAGUCCAUGUGGGACUCGCGCCUGUUCAACCAGACCAGUGGCAUGCACUCUGGUUUCAAUGAAGAUAACCCCUACGAUAAGCCGCUGUUCGCCGCGCAGGACGCCAUCAACAGCAUCUACCGCCCUCGGGCUCAAGCUGAUGCCGAUGACGAAGACGCAGGCGAAGGAGAGAUGAGCAAGAUCCAGAAGACUAGCCGGUUCGAGGUUCUAGGACGAGCCAAGGAGGGAUUCAAAGGAGCCGCUGAUGCCGAGGAGCGCCAAGGUCCUGUUCAAUUUGAAAAGGACACUGCCGAUCCCUUCGGCAUUGAUAGCAUGAUCGCCGAUGUGACUUCUGGCCAGAAGCGGUAUGGAAUCCAAGAGGCAGGCGAAGAUGAUCGUGGCUCGAAACGCGCAAGGGUCGAAGAGGAUUAA